CGAGGGCCGGGGAAGGGGAGGAAGCAGAACACGCGGCUGACGAUGAGGCACGAAGCUCCGGCGCAGAUGGCAACUGCUCAAGACUCCAAGUUUGGCCAGAAGGACACAUCAGACCAAAAUUUUGAUUACAUGUUCAAACUGCUCAUCAUUGGCAACAGCAGUGUUGGGAAGACUUCCUUCUUGUUCCGUUACGCCGACGAUUCUUUUACAUCAGCUUUUGUAAGCACCGUCGGGAUUGAUUUCAAAGUAAAAACAGUUUUCAAAAAUGAAAAAAGAAUUAAGCUACAGAUCUGGGACACAGCCGGUCAGGAGAGAUAUAGGACAAUUACAACAGCCUACUAUCGAGGUGCAAUGGGCUUCAUUUUAAUGUAUGACAUCACCAACGAAGAAUCCUUCAAUGCGGUGCAAGACUGGUCAACCCAAAUAAAAACUUACUCUUGGGAUAAUGCCCAGGUUAUUUUGGUCGGUAAUAAAUGUGACAUGGAAGAAGAACGGGUAAUCUCCACUGACAGAGGAAGGCAAUUAGCGGAACAACUUGGUUUUGAAUUCUUUGAAACAAGUGCCAAGGAUAACAUCAAUGUCAAGCAGACAUUCGAGCGGCUUGUGGAUAUCAUCUGCGACAAAAUGUCGGAAAGCCUGGAGACGGAUCCUGCCAUUGCUGCUGGUAAACAGAACACAAGACUAAAGGACACCCCUCCUCCACAGCAACCCAACUGUGGCUGUUAAUAGAGUUAUCAUCGACAGAGACAGCUCCAGUGUGUUCUUUUGCCAAUAGAGUAUUUACAUAUAGGGUCUAUAUGCCUUUAUUUAUAAUGUCUUACUGGUUCGUUGGGAGGGAUCUGUCUUAUUUAGCGUCCGCUGCUGGUCCGGUAUGUGCAUAGAGCUGUUUUGUGGAAACCGAUCACAAAUAUAUCAGGAAAGGACUCGACUUUGGGUUGUCAGCAUUUGGCCUCUGCACAUAGAUGGCUGUUAGUCUUUUCUCUUAACUUUUGCCUUUCCUCGACGUAUAUCUAUUACUACGACUUCAGCUGGUUCUGUGACCUCAGGCCCAGUUUUGUCUUGACGCUACUCUUCCAUCACCAGUUUCCAGUUACACUGUUCUGCUCUUCUAGGGUGAUGAUACCAUUGCCCAAACCAAUGUUAACGUAUUGCAGGAGGGUAGAGAUCUAAUCACACAAGCACAGGUGUAUAUUCCAAAUAAGUUGCCAGAAUCUACAUUCUCCAGAGGAGCUUCAUAAUGCAAGGUGACUUUAGAACAGUGGUCCCCAAUGUACUGCUGGUGGGUACCAUGGCCAAGUGCAUUUUGGUGCCCGUUUUCUUCUGUCUUGAAGCACCUCUCCCCCAAAGCAAAGAGCCAGUCCUGGCUUUUUGCCACUUCAUUGGAGUAGGAGGUGUUUCAGCCCAGGAAGCAUCUAUGUUGGGAACAACUACCUUCUUCAUAGGAGGAUGCUUGGCUUGGAACCAUCCAACAUCUUGUAAUUGAAUCCAGCUCUCAUUGCUGUCAUUUUGUUGUGUUGCUUACUAUCCUCAAAAUUCCAAAGGCUCCCACAGCUUCAACAAGGUUGGAGGUUCCCGCUUUAGAGAAACCCACCACCCAUUUCUCUAAGCAAAUGAAAGGAUGAAACUUCAGAUUUCCCCACUGCCACAUUAUGGCAACCUGCUCCUCCAAUGACCUUCAUUGUAAGAGGCAUCCUGUGUUCUGAACCAAGAUUUAAAUUUCUCGUAUCUUCAGUCAUUGGCCUUGUGCAGUCUGAUGGUUUAAUCCACACCUUCCCUGGCCUUUGGAUUUUCUUCGCUGGAAUACUUCUUGCUUUGAAGGAUAAUGUGUCCACGUAUUUGUCUGUAUCCACCGAAACUUUUGCUUAUAAACUUUGAUAAUGUUCACAGUAUGAGGUCAAUUAGAGUGAGGAAAGAACAGGACUAUGAAUAUCUUUUUAAAGAAGAAUAAAACCUAAUUCUUCACCUGUUUUUCUGAUGAAGAUACACAUGUAGGAUCCGAUCUUGCCUUUCCUGACUGUCCUGUUCACAGUUUAGCUAUUUGUGCUGUAGGGCCAAGCUACACAUGACGAAUGACACUUGAACGACAAGUGGAUUGAGUGGAGGGCAAGUGAACAGGGAGAAAUACACUUGCUGUUCAAGUGUCAUUCGUCAUGUGUAGCUUGGCCCCUAGAAAGCAGAGCCAAAAUGUGGGCACAGCUGUCCUUUCCAAGGAUUCAGAGAUAGGUGUAUAUACUAAUUAGGUCAUUAGAAGACUGAUGGAAGGCAGCAUACUUUAAUCCUCACAAAGACAUAAAAUUUAAAAAUUACAGAAAGGAAGUCAGAUGGACACUACAUGGAACAAUAAAAAAUAUAUCAAGGGGCUUGGUGAUGGCAUACUCUCCAUUUUAUAUCUAUGGAAACUCUGGUCCUAACUGAGCAUUCUUCAUGCUAUCCUCAUGUGAUAACUACCAAUAACAACAUGACUGAAAACAUUAUUUAUUGUGUUAUGUUAUUCACGGCCAACUGUUAUUGGCAGCAUUCACACAUGCAUAUCCGCUUGUUGACCCCUAUGUCUAAUGGAUGACUUGCAUGUGUGAAUGCGGCAUCAUGGAUUAAUUACUGCAGAGCUUUCAUAUAACCCAAUGUGAAGUUAAACACAAUAAUUCCUAGUGGAGAAAGCAGUCACCAAGUGACAUCCGCGCAUACAUGAAUCAGCCUAGUUUCAUUUAAUGUAUUAACCAUAUAGGUAGUAGA